UAGAACUAGUCAUUGUUCUUAAGAACAGCUUAUCUGUGAAGAAGAAAUAUCAUCAGUGAAUAAUGGAAUUAGAGGAAAUUUAUGAAAAUGUUAAACACAGAGAUGUUCAGAACACAACUAGACCUCAGAGUCACCGCCAGGAUGAAGGAAAGGAUCUAAAACACAGAGGAAGUAGAUGUUUGGCGUUGAUCACAGUGAGUCUGGCGCUCAUUUGUGUUCUUCUGCUGGUCUUCAUCAUACUGCAGCAGACCACCAUCACAGAAGAGAGAGACCUGAUAAAGAGUUACAAGAUCACAGUUGAGGAGUUCAAUCAAACUAUCAACAGCUUACAGGAAAAAUACACUGAUAUCAAGAUUGAAAAAGACCAACUGCAGAACAACUUCAGCUCUUUGAGUCAGAAGAAACUGGAGCUGGAGAGUGGUCAACUGAAGAAAGAAUAUAAACAAGUUUGUUAUUUCAUAUCUAAUGAGUUGAAGAGCUGGUCUGACAGCAGGCAAUACUGCAGGGAUCAUGGUGCUGAUCUGGUCAUUAUCAACACUGAAGAGAAGCAGAGGUUCAUAUCUUCAUAUAUGAAAGAUGUUGACAGAGCGUGGAUUGGUUUAUCUGACAGAGAGCAAGAGGGCAACAUGAAAUGGGUGAAUAAUUCAACACUGAAAAAAGGGUUUUGGAUGGAAGGUGAGCCGAAUAACUACGGUGGUGUAGAUGAGGACUGUAUAGAAAUGAGACUUUCAAAAGACACACUGAAUAACUGGAACGAUCUGCCAUGCUCAAUUCAAAGAAAAGGGAUUUGUGAGAAAUAGGGUCUUAUGUUUUUACUUGUGUUAUUUUAUGGCAUCAACCUUAUUGUGAUUGUAUAAUUAAUUUUUAAGUUUCCUGUUUUUUAAAACAUGAUGUGUUGUGAAAUGCAUCUGAUGUGGUCAUGUUAUGCUAAAUCACAAGCAGCUCUAUAUCUAUAUAUCUUAUUCUAGUUGUUAUCAUUUCUCAUUUGUUGAUCUGAAGUGUUAAGGGGACAAUGACAAUAAACUACAUUACAAACUACUAACUACAUAUUGAGUGUCUGUAAAACUGCUUUUGAAUUCAACUGCUUUCCUGUUUGAAUAACAUUUUUAAUUACCAUCAUUAGGAUAGUGAACUUGACAUUGUGGUUUUCUUUAUUUGGGUGUUUCCCAAUAGUCAGUCUGAUGCUUCCUUGUUUCUUCGCUCCUCUGUCCUCGAGCCUGUGACCCAGAAACUGAUCAAAGUUAUCCAUCUUGAUGUACGUCUCAAUUCUCUAAUUACACCACGAGGAGGUGAGGGAACUUCCAGAGGAGAGAUGAGUGAGGAUGCAAAAAAUAUCUGAUGCAUGUAUUAAUUCACCUCCCCUUCUAAUCUGUCAAUUUGUAUUUUUAUUUACCUUUGCAGUUUAAAUAAAACAUAAAUUUCAACGGAGCAUUUUACUUAAUUAAUAUUUAACAUGAAUGUCUUUAAUAACCAAACUUUAAUAUAAGGGCAGAUCCCCUGAGUGAAAAUUCAGAUUCAAAGUCAAAUUCCAGUGUACAAUUAUAUUUUCCUUCUAUUCCUCCAUCCUAAUUUUCUUUCCUUGCUUCCUUCCCUCACAUUCUAAGGGGGUGGAGCUAAUACACAAGGAAAAGAAGCAUGAAAUGGAAACGUGGAUGCAUAAAUAAGAACUCAGAAGCAUCCUUGUUGUAUCUGCUGUUUUGUUUUAUGGAGAGACUUCCUCCAGUCCAGCAGGGCACAGCCGAGAGCAGGUUUAUCAGACUGAAGUAUCAGAGAGGAAGAGAAACAUGAGACCAAUGCUGCAUCUGAAAGCUCUAAAACGUUCCCUUCGGAGGCAGCAUGCCAAGGCAGGAAGGCAUCAAGGCUUGCCCGAAUCCAAAUUCUGCUUUACUUCCUGUCUCCAGAGGUACCUUCUUCUGAUCAAUUUUUGAAGGCAGCAUGGACUUUUGAUGUUAUUUCUAGCGAGAAAUCAUUAUUAUAGUAAUACAAUUUUAGUUUAGCUUUUAUCAAAUUUCGUUCUGUUUUGUUGUAGAUCAUUAAACCGUUAUGUUGCUUCAGAAGCCUGUCAGAAAUCACUUUUAUGAGGUGCCCUCAUGCAAAA